UAGAUGGCCAAUAACCCUCCAGGGACCCCAUCGCAGCACGGAGCACGUUGCCGCCCAACUGACGUCUGUGACCUGUUGUUGGACCAUAUAAGGCAGAAUUUUCACGCUUAUGAAGCAGCGGGGAGAGGCCAACAUGUCCGGCAGUUGGCGACCGAAGCCAGCAACUUGAAGCAGCAGCUGCUGGCGCAUGCCCUGCAGCCUAUGAUGUCUCAACAGCGGGUGCUGACAUUAAUGCAGAACACUAAGGCCAUCUUGGGCGAGAAUGCAUACCAUGAAACGCUACAGCGAGCAGUGUCGAUGAUUGCUACGGGCCCAGUGCAGCAGAAUGCAGCAGCAGCAGGGGCCCAGCCUCAGAAUAGCAGUAUCAUGCAGGCGUAUCUGAGGGCCCAGGCUCAGAGUAGAGGAGGGAAUGCACAGAUGACAGGGGCCACUCAGAAUUCAUCGGCAGUGGCGGCUGCUGCGGCGGCGAUAAUGCGACAAGGCCAUCAGAAUAGCGGCCAGGCUGCCACCCCAAAUCUACAGGGGCCUGCUCAGAAUCGAUUGCCAAUCAACAAUGCCCAGUUUAUCCAACAGCUCAGGGCUCUACAACAGCAGCAACAACAACAACAGCAGCAGCGGGCUGGACAACAGAGUAAUAUGCCGCAGCCAUCGACAGGGCAGCAAGCGGGUACUGGAUCGGGGGUUAGCAGUCAGUUGGCCAACACCCUACAAGAUCAGAUCAAUCGGAUCCUCUCGCCAAGGCCGAGCCCAAUGGGGUCACCGUCCUCAGCAGCAGGCAGUGAGCCUGUAAAGAGGCCCCGUGUUGAAGCCUCAGCAUCGCUAACACCAUCACGUCCCACUGGCAAUCUCCUCUUGCCACCUUCCGCCUCCCCGACCACUGGUGUGUCGCCGCAGCGGCCCACUACGCCGCAGACCCAUGGGACGCCCUCCCCUGUGGGUGGUGGAGAAGUGGGGGGUGCGACGGGGGAUGCCCUGGAUGCAUUGGAACAGCUCAUCAUGCAACAGCAGCAAGCCCCGACUGCUCCUAUAGCAUCUCCCUCUGCGUCACCGCUUUCUAUGGGCGUAAUGCCUCCCAAUGCUAGCCCCGGAUGGGAUGCUGGCUCGCCAUCGGCUAGUCCAUCGCCCCUCUCGCUGGCAUCGACACCGCAGAUCGACAUUGAGAGUGUUCGAAGAGCCCAUAAGGAGCAGAUGUUACUGAGGAUCAGUCACCGUGUCCAACGACGUGGUGUGGCGCUGGCCAGUGAGGAGGUGCUAACGGCAUUGGGAGAGGUCAUGGAGCACUGGGCUGAGGUGGCACAGCAGAUGCUGCAUCGGAUAAGCAAACACAGGGCGGAACUGUACCCAUCGCAGAUCGCAAAGCAUCUUUCCCAGAGUAGAGAUACGUCCACCGAGGAGUGGUAUCGGCGGAAAAAGGAGCAAGCCGCUUACAUGGGCGCACUAUGCAAGGCAGUGGUAGAGCAUCGAGAGCGGGCUACUCAGGAGGCGGCAGAGGCCCGGGCGAACCGGACAGGGACAGGCCAGGGAGCCAAGUCUCGAGCGGCAGCAGCGGCGGCCUCUCGAGCGGCCGGAGGGAGUCUACCGUCCCCGGAAGAAAUGCGGCAGCAGGAGAUGGAGCAACAACAAGCUAUGCAGGAUCGAUUAGUGACGGGGGCUAACAGGUCGUUGGUAAAUGCUGAGAGGAUGCUGUCGACGGAGAAUCAGCGGAAGCAGAUCGUUGCUGAGGCUCUGGAACAACACGUGACUAGCAUACAGGAUGUGCGGAAGGUAGGAUUGAGGGAUCUGAUGACGUUAUUGAAGAUGCCUCCUCCCAAUGGCCAUAGCACUUGGAUACACGGAGUUCCGAUGCCGGAAGGUAUGAGACAGCGGAUGCUGGUGGAGAUAUCCCAAGGGGCCUACUCGAGGGAAUAUAACGUGAGGAAUGAGCAGCGGUCCUCGGGAGGAGCUCGCGGCUGA